AUCUGCUGGCUAUCCAAGUUGGCGGCGUUGGCGUUAAUUCGGCUCGCGGGAUUUGCGUCUGGGCCAGCUCGAAUGAAGGAGCUUGUACCCACGCGACACCCACUCGGACUCACGCAUUGAACACGCCUGUUCUCCCUGGACAUCAUGAGCUUGCACGAGGCUUCGACGAUGCCGAACGGCUUGACCAGCGGCCGCAACGGCCAGCCACCCGUCUUGCGGUCGAGCUCCUCCUCGUCGAGCGGCACACUCUCCGUCUUAGGCGCCAGCAAUUCUGGAUCGCGCUCGCCGGGCUCACGCUCGUCAAGUCCAUCACAUGAUGCCGCACUCAAUGCCUUUCGUUACCCUUUGCGAGCGCAAAAGUCCAACUUGGCGAGCGCACCGUUGAGCAGAGACAGCAGCGGCGACAGCCACUAUUCCUCCAUGUCGGCAGGCAUGUCACCCAGCACAAGCACAAACUCAAUACACCACGCGCAGCAACAGAGCUCAUCGGGCGCAUACUCCAACUCUGUAUCGACAGGCAGCGUGCGAAAUGCCACGUACGACAUGGCACCCAACGGUGGAUCUGCACAAUUCUUUCACAACCGCAAGACCUCGCUGAGGUUGGCCAAUUCUGGCAUGGGCGGCGCAAGUCCAGAGUUAGCGACAGCAGCAGCCUAUUCGCCGACUGCAGGCCAUUCAGAUCAUUCACAGAAUUAUAAGGGCGCUUCGAGCGAUGAUAUAGGCUCUACUUCGCCCGCCAUCGGCGUAUCAACGGCGACUUCCUCUGUCAUCUCACCUCCGCGUACUCGAAGGAUGCCUUCGAUUCACGAGGAUGACACGGCGUUCUUCUCGACUCCCUCGUCAAGAGCGAGCAGUCGGGCAGGCAGUGUUGCACCCAGUCGCUCAUCGAGCCCGCAGCCCAGUCAUCGUCGGAUGCGUUCUUCUCCCACCUCGCCAGUCCUGUCUGCGCCCGGCUCGCCGAGCCUGCUUGCCAAAGUGGGCAGAUUGAGCUCUUUUGGCAAGUCAGACGCGCCAAUGCUGCCAAAGCACACCCAUCGUACUUCGCCAUCGCUUUCUUAUCCUGCCUACGCUGGUUCCUCUGUGCCAGGGACAUGGUCUGGCCCGACAGGAUUCCUGCGCAUGCUCUGGUACAACUCUAGACGGUCCAAAUUCGUCGACCAUAGCAUGAACCUGGUUUUUGCACUGUGUCUGCUCAUCUUCGUGCUCGCUCUGAGCGGCAUCGGCUUCGAUUCGAACCCAAAGCCGCGACCAAACAAAACGCACGCGGAGGAGCUGCUUGCGCGCAAAGCAAGUGGCGCCAUCGCUUACCCACGUCAACCGCUUGCCGACGUGCAAUUACCGCCUGGUGUACAAGAGCAGCUAGAGCAAGGUGCCCAGGUCAAUGCGGCAGCUCUAGCGCGAGCGGAGCGUCAGGAGCGCGAAAGACAGCAUCAGAUCCGUAUGGAGCAGCGGCGGGCAGAACGGCUAGCGCGUCUCCAGGGCAAAUUGCCGCCUCUUGGCGAGAGCGAUCACUCAGAGGACCGUCGUGAACAAGACAAGGUCACUCCUCGCCUGCCGCCUAACCUUGCUGCUGCCCCCGAAGAGCCCCACGACCUCGUGAUGGACACCGGCGAGGAAGAAGAAUUCGAUCUAGACGGACAGCAAUGGGACGAGUAUGAUGAGGAGUCGACGAAGCAGGCUGAGCCCGUGAUCAACGCUCCGCUCGCUGCUGGCGGCAAAGGCAAAAUUCUGCGAGCCGUACAAAAGCCAGAAGAGGAGGACAUCAGCGAGAGCGCGCACGCCUUACACGAAGCUGACGAGAUCGAUACCUUUGGCGAGAGCGACGACGAGGACGACGGGGAAGAGGAAGCAGCUGCUCUGAACCGCGCUCAUCAGGAAGCUGUCGCUGCUGGAGUCAUAGCGAGGGCCACAGACGAUAGCAGCAUUGAGCCGGAGCUCCUGCGAGAUUCACCGAAAGAUGCGAUCCUCGACGACAAACAUGCUGAUCACGAGCACCAUCCGGAUCAGAGCAAUAUCUUCAAAGAUGCUGCCGAGCGAGCUGCUGAAGAGCAGUCUGCCUUCGAAGGCGAUACAGAGCUUCCCCAUCUUCACAAUGACGCCAAUGUCGCCCUCUCAGACGAUGAGGCGGAUGAGACGGACGAACUCGAUACUCUAGACGAGCUUGAUCAUGCCGGAGAGGCAGAUGGCAAGCGUGAGGUCGUUUACAACGACUUUGAAGGCGAGCUCGGCGGCGAACACGUCUCGACCGAAAAUCUCGCCAUAGACGAAGACGACGGCGAAUUGCCUGCGUGGGCAGUCGACGCUCUCGCCGAGCAUGCAGCACUGAAGGCAGACGCGCCCGCGUACGAUCACGAUGAAAUGACGCGAUACGAAGCUGCCAUGCGUCUCCGUCAACGACAACGAGAAGAGAAGCUGUUCGGUUCGGCCAAGCAGCUAAGCUGAGGUUACGGACCUUUGGUUGAUCUCACCGCAGAGCUGAGCACGCGCAUCAAGCAAAUGUAUUCUUGUAUUCAUAAAGAAGUAGUUGGCAAAUCUAUGCAGCACAU